AUGAAGAACAUCUAUUGGCCAUUCUUUGUGCCCAACGCCGGUUGUUUCCGCGCGCCCUCCCCAAACCCGCACACCCAUUUUCCCCACGCAUGCCAUCGCCGGCGCCGCGGCAUUCCCUUCACCUGCCCCACCGGACCGCCGCGCUGCCACGGCAGCGCCGACGGCCUCAUGACACACCCUGCCCGGCGACCCACGACCUCCACGGAGACCGUCGAGAUCGCCUUCCUCGGCGCCACCUGCAUCCCCCACCCGCAGUCGACUCCGGCCACCCCGCUGCCGGAGAUCCCCUUCCUGCACGCGUCAACGCUGCCCCCGCCUCCUCCGCCGGCGCCGGUGCCGGUGCCGCUGAAGCAGAAGCACGGCAGCGGCAAGCAUCGGUCGCGGCCGGGGCGCCUCAUGCGGUCGGUGCGCGCGGCGUUCCGGUCGUUCCCGGUCAUCCAGGCGCCGUCCUGCCGCGGCAUGCCGUCGCUGAACCACCUCCCGGGGCUGCACGGCGCCGGCGGAGUCCGGAGCCACUUCCACGGCGCGACGCACGCCACGGGGACGCUGUACGGCCACCGGCGGGCGCGCAUCACCAUCGCGCUGCACGAGAGCCCCGGCGCCCCGCCGUGCGUGCUGCUGGACAUGGGCGUGCCCACGGCCAAGUUCAUCCAGGACGUGAGCGCGGCGGGGAUGGUGCGCGUCACGCUCGAGUGCGAGAAGCAGCAGCAGCAGCAGCAGCAGCACGCGGCGGCGGGGUCGUCGGUGCGGCUGCUGGACGAGCCGGUCUGGACGGCCGAGGUGAACGGCGAGAGCGUCGGGUACGCGUCGCGGCGGGAGGCGACGGAGCGGGACGAGUGCGUCAUGCGGCUGCUCCACUCCACGUCCAUGGGCGCCGGCGUGUUGCCGGCCGAUAUGUCCCACCCGUUCGACGGCGAGCUCACCUACAUGCGCGCGCAUUUCGACCGCCUCGUUGGUUCCAAGGACUCCGAGACGUACUACAUGCACAACCCCGAGGGCGGCGCCACCGGGCCGGAGCUCACAAUCUUCUUCAUUAGGACUUAGAGUCAAAUUAAACCAGCAGUAUGCCAAUAUAUAUUGGCAGGAACGUGUCUGUAUAUAUCACUUGUUAUCGUCAUUGGAUUAGCCCAGGUUUCUUUAUCUUUAUUUCUAUACCUAUCUAUAAAGAGGGAAAAUUUCAGUCUGCCCUAAAA